UCCACGCGGCGCCGCGCGUCUCCGCCCACUCACUCGCGAACUAUUUAUUUUUUCGACUCAACUUUUUGACACGCGAAAGUUUCCGACUCGACUCCAACUGUCGCGUCACUUCAGUGAGUGCAGGGAACUGCGAGUUCCCAACGCCUGUUGCCGACGCGUAACCGUGUUUCAAAAAUAAAACGUUGCCGAUUCGAAACCGGAGCACCUCGAAGGUUAAUGACAAAAUAAAAAGCGUGCAUUAAAAUGUGUCCGUAAGGUUUGUGGGAGUUCGCUGUCGCGGCCGCCGGCAGUUUCAAUAAUCUAAUACAAGUUCACCCGAUGACUAGACGCCGAACGUCAAGAGAUAACUAAACAUGGCCAGGUCGAACAAAUGAAAAACAAUAACAAUUAUGAAACGUAGGAAAUAUGACACAAUGGUAUCGUUUCUCAAGUUUAUAAAAAUACCAAAGAAAGUACACCAGCACAGACGGAACCUAUGAUACAACGUCACACUGCCAUUAAAAAGUGCCUUAAAAACAACGAACUGAAAACCCAAAAUAAAAUAAUAAAUAAACGUGCAAACAAAAACAAAACGUGUACCAAAUUAUAAAAAUUAAAAAAAAAAUGUUAAUUAAUUAAAAAAAAUAAAUAAGUGGUGCUUCGAAACAAUAAAUAGAGUAUCGAAAUAAUGUUAUUGAAGGAGAUUGGACAAAAAGUGUGCGAGUUCGGACGGAAGCGUUUAAGAUGUUAGACGUCUUUCGCGGUUUAAAGAAUCUUAUAAAGGUGAACUAUGUGCACAUCGACUCUCCAGUGUUCAGACUGCACUACUCCAUCACUGUCAUCCUGCUGAUCGCCUUCAGCCUGAUCGUCACCACGAGGCAGUACGUCGGCAACCCCAUCGACUGCAUCCACACCAAAGACAUCCCCGAGGACGUGUUGAACACGUACUGUUGGAUACACUCCACCUACACCCUGAAGAGCUUCUUCAGCAAGAAGGUGGGCGUGGAGGUGCCGUACCCCGGCAUCGGGAACAGCCGCGAGAAGGGCAAGGAAGAUAUGAGCGACAGGAAGAUUUACAAGUACUAUCAAUGGGUCUGCUUUUGCCUAUUUUUUCAGGCGAUGUUAUUCUACGCGCCGCGAUGGCUGUGGAAGUCCUGGGAGGGCGGCAAGAUCCGCGCGCUGAUGAUGGACCUGGACGUGGGGGUCUGCACCGAGAUAGAGAAGAAGACGAAGAAGAAGCUCAUCCUCGACUACCUGUGGGAGAACCUGCGCUACCACAACUGGUGGGCCUACCGGUACUACCUGUGCGAGGGGCUCGCUCUUAUAAACGUUAUAGGGCAAAUGUUCCUCAUGAAUCGUUUCUUCGACGGCGAGUUCAUGACGUUCGGGCUGGAUGUCAUCGCGUACAUGGAAUCCGACCAGGAGGACCGGAUCGACCCCAUGAUCUAUAUAUUCCCAAGGAUGGUCAAAUGCACACUUUUCAACAAAUUCGGGUCGUCAGGCGAGGUAGAAAGGCACGACGCUCUGUGCAUCUUGCCGCUCAACGUCGUUAACGAGAAGAUCUACGUCUUCCUCUGGUUUUGGUUCGUCAUACUCGGCAUCCUCACAUUCAUCACUCUGGUAUACCGGAUAGUGAUCAUCUUCUCACCGCGCAUGCGCGUGUACAUGAUGAGGAUGCGCUUCAGACUCGUGCGACGAGACAACGUCGACACUAUUGUCAGGAGGAGCAAAAUGGGCGACUGGUACCUUCUCUACAUCCUCGGAGAGAACCUAGAUUCCGUGAUAUUUAGAGAUAUAAUGCACGAGUUUGCCAACAAGCUGAACCACAACUACCAGCACCACAUUCACGGUGUUCCGGACGCGUGACCUCCGAUCCCGGGUUGGGUAUUCCACACGUGACUGACGUCGUUGCAGCGCGACAUGGACCCGCCCGUCUAAAGUGCGCUGAAACUUAUUAGAAGUGUAGACUUCAACGGGAACAAUCUCUUUGUUCGUAUGUAAGAGAAAGUAAAUCGGGCCAAGUCAGCUGCCUUGCGGCACGCCGUAGCCGCCGGCUGGACUGCUACGCAGAGUGUAAGAUACAUGUCAAAGACUUGAAUUGACGAUAUUUGUAAUCGUAACAGUGCAAUUCUAAAUAUGCAAUAAUAGAAUGUACUUAAUGUUUAAGAAUGUGAUCUCAGGAUGAAUCCUAUCGAAAGCCUUAUUGAAGUCGACAGUGGCGGCUAUCCCGUUAGAAAUAUCUAGUGUUCAACUUUUAGAAGUAUUUUUACUUAUAGUUUCGCUGCUCGUAGUUACUGUUUGUCAGGACCGCUUCGUUUUUUUCUACUAUAGCUAAUAUUCGAGAAUAAGCACACAGAUGGCACAUCGUUUAUCUUUUACACGAUUUCUCACUUGCAAGGAUUUGACAGACCAAAGAGGAAAAUAAAGCAAUAAUUAAAGGAACUAAUAAGUAAUGUAGGGUUAGUAAUCGUAAUUGGAAUUUAAAUACAAUAAUAAUACUUAUUAUAUUAUAUUAUAGAUACGUUAUCCAACGCGACUGCCCAUUCCGGGCAUUCCUGUUGAGCAUGCAUCACUGACGUACUUACCUUUUGCGCGCCAAAAGACAUUUUACGUUAAACUCUAGACAAAUAAAUGAACAUAGUUGUACUUAUAAUGCAAUACUAUCAGCAUCAAUAAUAUGAUAGAAGUAAAUUUACUCUUGAAAUAAGUUCCUUUGAGGUUUAACAUACGUGUUCAGAGUAGUAAGUACGUUUUCGAAAACGACUGAAAUUUUGGAAAUUGUAACAAUAAAUUGUAAAAACUUAAUGCUUAGGACAUACUUUGGAUCGUUUAAUGCCGGAAUUAGACGGUUUACUAGAAAUUAUACAGUUACAUCGAAAUAAUAAUCUCUUGUUUCUUUUGUGUGAUACACAACUUACUUUAAAAUAAAAACAGACUCGAUAAUGAAACCAACAGUAAAUCGUCUAAGUCCGGAAUAAGGUGUAUUGUAACUAUUCCAAAAUGAUUUAGAAUUUAGACGCGGACCUGAGAAAAUUCACUAUGACAGUGAAAGUAUGAAUUCUGAAACUGAAAAUGUUAUUAAUAGUUAUUUUUCAUACUGCGGUCACUGUCAUAGAGAAUCAUGGCCCUGAGAAAGGACCAGUUGUGACUAAUACGUUUGAUCGUAUUAGAAAAUGUAAAGUUGUUGGAGAGCUGUUGUGUUUAUUAGUAGAGAAAAUUGUUAAUGUGUCGGUUGUUUGUCUGUAACGUUAAACAGUAACAAUAUUUUGUGCGACUUUAUUGGAGCCUUUGCACAAGAUGACUUAUUUCACGCCUAAACGGAUGGAAUUCUCAUUGAAAAUCUUUUCAAUGGCCUUGAUAAAAUAUUUCAACGAAAUAAUUAUAAAAUAAGCUUUUAUAAAUACACGUAAAAGUAGUAAAUCUUGCAAUGCUGAGGGAAGUUGUCGUGCGGUGCAAAGGUUUUUCAAUACAGUUAUAUUAUUUCAAAAUUAAGAAAUACAAUGCCACGUAUCUGUAAAGCAACAAAAGAAGUUAUUUCAAAACUUGUGAUAUAUAAAAUCAAAAAUCUAAAUUACAACCAGAUUUGAAUCUUAAUCCUUAAAUUUCUACAAUAAACUAACUAUACUAAAUCUACUUCAACGCUAAUUACAAUCUUAAAUUGACAGAUAGUGUGGCAUUGUAACGCCCGAAAUUAAUAUAAGCGAUCCAUAAUAAUCUACAGAUUUCAAAAGGAAAAAAAUAGCUAAAGCUUUUGCUAAAUAGCUAAAGCUAAAGCUUUUGACACUGAUUUACGAAUUGGAAUGAAACAAUCGAUAUGAUAUCUGAAACUGUGGAAACUAUUAACAUCGGGCGUAAAUUAUUUUAUGCAGAUCGAAUCAUUCAUCUAAUGAUCAACAUUAUAUACAAAUAAACACGGUCCUUGUAACGUAUGGUAUGGCUUAAAAUAGAAAUAUUAUUGUUAAUAGCAAUAACGUGUUCACUGAAUAAAUUGUUUUUAAUUAUUUAUUCAGCCUAGGUAAAUUACAAUUAUUAUUUAUUUUAUAUAUUAUAAUAUUAUAUAUUCCGAUAAGAUUGUUAAUAAAUAUAAUGGUAGCCAGUGGACAAUAGUCAAUACAAAGUAUUCAGGACAUUUUAAAAAAUAGUGUAAAAUAGGUGUAUUCAAUGAAAUAACAUCAGAAUUCUGUAAAAUACUCGUACAUAGGAUAUUUAAGUACAUCCAAAAACGACCUAAUCAAUAGCAUUUAAAAUGUAUUUAAAAAUCUAAUUAAAUUAAUUUAAUAUCAAGAAUUCUAUAAGAGAAAGAAAAAGAAAGGACUUAAGGACUGAAAUGAAUGUCAUGUGUAAUUCAAACAAAAAGCGAUCUAAUUACUGCAAAAUAUGCUUAAUAUGAAAAACAAAUCAAAUUUAAUUAAGAUUGAAUUAAGCCACAACAAUAAUAUGAAUUUCAAUAAGCAAGCUUCAUAUAAAUCUAACUGACGUUGAAAGUUGUGUAUAAAGGCCUAACAUAAGCAGUUUUAAUAAUAAUUAAAACGUAAUAGAAUACAGAUUCUGAUGUUGUUUCUAUAAAUAACCCAACUUCAGCGGAUGUUUAAAACGUAAGCUUUUAUGAUUGCAUUUAUUUUUAUUUCACAGUAAUUGAUUCUUGUCUACCAGGCUGAUGUAAACAUCUAAAUAUACUUAUAUCUAGUCAUUAAUGUAACGGCAUGAAUGCAAACAAUUAACUAAGAAACUAAGGGAAUAAUUACACAAUUGUUUUACGGGAAAUAAAUACUCGUAUUAUGUUUCGGUCUGUUUUUUCUGCUUUUGUUUCAAGACAUUAAAUUCAAUUCUAUCUGUCUCGAUGAUAAUUAUUUAUCACUAGCUGACGACGCGCAGUUUCACCCGCGUGGUUCCCGUUCCCUUAAGAAUGGGGAUAAUAUAUAGCCAAUAGCCUUCCUCGUUAAUGGGCAAUCUAGAAUUCAAAUAAUUUUUCAAAUCAGACCAGUAAUUCCUGAGAUUAGAGCGUUCAAGCAAACAAACAAACGAACACACUCUUUAGCUUUAUAAUACUCGUAUUAGAAUAGAUUAACAUGUUAUGGUGAUAAUCACAGAUAUAAAUAUUACCACAUGUUUGCAUUGCUCUGUGAUGGCCGGCCUAAGUUUCAAUUUCCCUUUACUACAAGGGAUAAUUUCCCUUUACUUUAAUUACAAGAGAGGCUAGCUACUCUAUGCACUAAUGUGGCAUUAAUUCACAACCUAUUAAAUUAAACAUCAAAACAUCAAAUCAACUGGGAAAUGUCAUGUACCAACUGUAUGAUAUCCACGAAGGGUUGUCAGUAAGCACCGGAAUACAUUUGUUACUUACAAUCUCAAUUUUGCAUUUACGUACGUAGUUAAUGAAUUAGCCUGCUGACCCUAUCUGCUGGUAUUUUAAAAAUGGGUUGAUAAUGGUGACAAUUUUGCUAUCGAGAUAAUAAUAGCUUUUUCUAAUAGACACGCAUGAUCCAUUCGCCAAAAUAUUCGCAUCUAUUUAGUUAUCUAUUUAUUAAAUGCGUUUUUGUAUAAAAUAAACUUGGGCAUGACUACGAUCACAUUUGAAGGCAAAUUUAGAUGUGGCCUAAGAUGAAACGCGAUUGCCUAUAAUAAUUACAAUUCACACUUAUCUUAAGAAGCCUAGGUUGUAAGAAUCAGAAAACAAUGGCUUCCAUCGAUCCAUACCCUAGCAAUGCUUAAAAGAAAUGAAGAUGCAAAAAUUUGUAAGCAGAUGCUAUUUAAAGAUACCUACGCAAUAUUGCGUAUGCAAUACGGAUGUUUGUCACUAUUAUAUCAAUUAAUCGUUCAACGAAGUCUAAGCAAAAGAAUAAAAAAAUAUCUGCCAUAAGUGUAAUUAUAUCCCAAACGUACGCGACAUUAUUAACUUCAGAAAUUAGUAAACGAUUAUUAUUUAUUGUAAACGUCUGUUUAUAAUAAAUAAUAAUAAUCUACCCAUGUUAUUAGUAAACAAAACGACAUUAUUAUUUUGUCUAAUCUCUUGGUGUGAUUUGCAUUCAUCUGCUAAUUCCGCCAACUGAUCGCUGCUUAAAAUAUCGACGGGGCUCUAUAUAAACAGGAAAAUAAAUAAUGUUCGUAUCGUUUGUACGAUUAGUUGUUUACAUUCAUUGCCUUUUAAAUCCGCAGUAAAUCAUCUCUUAAGAAACAUUUGAUGAUUAUUUUAUUUUAUUUUGUUUAAUCUAUGGAUUGAAACAUCCAUUACUGCGUUAUUAUUUUAUAACAGAAAUGCUUUUUUGAAUAAGCUCUUAUCCAAAGUUGUUUUUAUUUCAUUGAUGUUAAGUGUCUUAAGUGAAUUAUUUAAUUCAUAAAUUAUUUCGUUUUUAUAUUCGGAACUUGGAAACUUUAAAUUUGUGAAUUCAUAGAAGUAUGAUGUAUACGUCAUCGUCUAUUGUCCACAGUCAAUCUCUAAUUUGAAAUAUAAUAAAUUACAUCUCUAAAAUAUUCAUUCGUUUUUGGUUUGCAAAAUCUUGCCUUCUCGUUCAAAAUCUAGUUCUUCUAAAAAAGGAUAUUUUUUCAAAAAUGUGAUGUUUCUUAAGAGGCGAAUUACUUUUCAAGUGUACACUUUUGAGUUAACUAACAAUUAUUUUGUGUAUGUCAAACCAUCAGUUUACAGUCAGUUUAUUAUUUUUUUUUAUAGCUGGGAAAUGCUUUUACGCAUCCCGAUCGCAGAGUGGCAGGCAAAACAGGCAUUCUACGGCCGGGUAUGUGGGACUCACUGAGAACCAAAAUACCCACUAAAACCCAGAGGAGCCACCUGCGUCCUAUUGGGAUGACAGAACUUUCUCAUCCCCAUCCACCUUAAAAUCUUACGUCAACUUCAAUAUGACCCAUUGUGCAUUUGAUUUAUAAAUGAUACAACCUACCUACUUAUUAAUUUAUUCUAAUUAAAAACUGCAAAGUUUAAAAGGGUUACAAAUAAUAAAUUUCUGCAAAUAGAUUCUCAUAAUUCAUCUCAUAAACGUCAACAAUAAACGAAUUAGUGAUUUUAAUUAAGUUAACUCAAAGUGGUACACUUAAAUACUUUCUAACGUUAUAAGAACUUCGACAUCUUGUAUUGAAUUAUACGAAUAAGGAAAAAAAUAAGGAAGUCUAUAAUUUUGAACAAACAUCGAACGAGAAAUUUUGCACCAAACAUUGACCCACUGACAUUUAAAAAAACAACAUGCAGUUGAGGUUGUUUAGGCCGCGAUAUUAUUAAACAAAAGGUCAAUGAAGCUCUCUUUCUAUAUUACAAAGUUGUUUCAAAGACAAUAUUUAAAGAAGACUUAACUAUGAUAUAUAUUAAAAUCUUAAUCUUAAUUGUUUAUAAUAGGAAACUAUUUCGCCGUACCAAAACAAAUAUUCUGCAGGAUUUGUGAAUCUAUAGUUUUCCUGCAAACAUAAUUAGGAUACUGUUAAAGCUCGAACGAGGAGUAUAACGUCCUAUUCUUUAUGAUAAUAUGGAAAUUAUGAAGAAAAAAAUUGCAAAAUUCGGAUUUUGCUUUUGUUUUUUUCGAGUUUUGCUGAUUUUUUCGAGUUUUGGGUAUUAAUACAUAAAAUGUCGUCUGAGAAGUUCUUAUAGCGCGAAGGUUAGCUGUAUAAUGUCAAAUGGAAAGCAAAUCAAUACUGUACCGUAGAGACAUUAACCGCCAAAUAUUGUGCCAAAGUUAUAUUAAUUUAUAAAAUAAAUUACUUGUAAUAGUGAGGAACGACUUUGUAAUGGGGAAGAAGGUUGCCAAGGAUGAUACGAAUAAAAUUAUGAAAAGCA